GCCACGAAGUUACGCAAGAUAAGAUAUUCCAUGACAGAUUGAGAGACCCUGUUUUGCUUUGCUGCUCUGUUUUUAAGUAAUGACUAAUGCACGGGAGGGUAAUCCAGACCCUCUACAUACCCCAUCUACCUUGCUAUGCGGCGCUAAGUGGAGUUUGGCUUUUGUUUUUUGCUUUGUUUUUCACUCCCCUGGCUAUUGUUCAGUUUCACAUGUGUGCUUUGUUUUCCUCCUUCAUCUGUUUUGAUGGAUCAGCGCGGGUGAAACGGGACACGGCAACGGAAAGGGAUUCAUUUGGGCGGCCGGUUUAUCUGAUAUCCCUAUGCAUGGAUGCUAUCAUUGUCUUUAUUCUGUCUCAGGUCUGUUUCACUCCUACAUUUCAUACCCGUUUGUAUUUGUUAUCUCAAUUUGUGUCUCAGAUCAUGCACACAUCAUCUUACAGAGUACCAUACCUUUCUUCCAAUGCAGUACAAUUCCAUUCUUCUCGAUGAACGGAUACAUACGGAGUACACCCCGUGUCUUUUUGCUCAUUGAUAAUAAAACUGAGCCGCUAGACGACAGUGAU